CAGUUGCCGUGUGGCAUUUGCAGUUAACUCAGUCUCCUCACACACACGUACGCUCUCGCAAGUCACUCAGUCAAGAAAACUUUACUUCUCUGGAAUAAGUACGAUUUGGAGAACUUCGCUGCCAUAAAAUCUUCAAGCGAUGCUGCCAAAGAUCACACUAAUGCUGGCACUAACGACGGCUGUUGGAGGAAGUGGCACCCCCGUGGUGAGGGUGGCACAGGGCCUCUUGUCCGGCUUGGAGGAGAAGUCCACAAAGGGCAGGGCGUUCCACUCCUACUACGGUGUCCCCUUCGCCAAGCCUCCUGUAGGGGACCUCAGACUCAAGGACCCGGUUGCAAGCGAGCCGUGGGAGGGCGUCCUUGCAGGCACCGAGCAACCACGCCCCUGUCUGCAAGUGGCGCUGAUGCUGCCUCUGAUGGGGAUUCGCGUCUCUGUCGAUCAGCUGACGGGUUCAGAGGACUGCCUUUAUCUCAAUGUCUUCACGCCGGCGGGUAGGAAGCCAGAGGAGAGGCUUCCAGUGAUGGUUUGGAUCCACGGCGGCGGCUACUUCUCAGGGGCCGCUGUGGAGUACCAGCCCCACGUCCUUAUGAACCACGAUAUUGUACUUGUUGUUUUGCAGUACAGGCUGGGCAUUUUGGGAUUCUUGUCUACGGAGGAUGACGUGAUGCCAGGAAACUACGGGAUGAAGGAUCAGGUCAUGGCCCUCCGCUGGGUGCAGGAGAACAUUCACAGCUUCGGCGGAGACGCAGAGAGGGUCACCAUCUUCGGGGAGAGUGCUGGGGGCGCCUCCACCCACCUGCACAUAAUGUCUCCUAAAUCUGCUGGGCUGUUCAAAAGAGCCAUCAUGCAGUCAGGAUCAGCCAUCUCGCCAUGGGCAGUGAGCAGGCAACACCGCGGGGCCGCCCAACACGCAGGCGAGACAUUGGGCUGCUCAGACACCUCCAGCAGCGACGUCCUUCUGCAGUGCCUCCAAGAUGCAGACGCCAGGCAGCUCGUCGAGUUGUCGCAGGACUUUUUUGAGUGGUUCCUCUUCCCCAUGCGGAUGGGGCCGAGAGUGGACGGCGACUUCCUGCCCGACGACCCGGAGGUGCUACUGCGGGACGCCAGGCACGCUCACGUCGACGUCCUCUCCGGGGUCACGGCUAACGAGGGGGCCUUCUUCAUCAACGCCUUGGAAGCCAACGAGAACACGCUUCGAGCCUUGCAAGAGAAUUUCUCCGCCAGCGGCCCCAUCAGCAUCGGUCUGGAACCCGAAGACCUCGAUCCGGUCGCCAGCAGCACGAAAGUCUUCCAGUACUACCUGGGGGACAUUCUCAUCGACGUCGACCACUAUGAACAACUCAUGAAGCUUUUCACCGAUCGCCAUUUCUCCCUGGGCCAUGACCUGACCACGCUCUUCCACUCGCGCGUCGCCAACACGUACCGCUACUCGCUCGACCAUCGCGCGGAGCUCACGUUCAGCGAUCUUCUGAGCAAGGAGAGGAAGACGCAGUGGAUCUCUCACUGUGACGACCUCUUCUACCUGUUCCGCGGCGGGCCUCUGCUGCAGCUAGGUCGAGAGGAACUUCAAGACCUCGCCAGGGAAGACGACCUCGCUCUCAGGGAAGUCAUCUUGAGCGCGUGGAUUAACUUCGCGGCCACGGGGAACCCUACUCCAGAUGCCGCACUUGGUUUCGUAUGGGAGUCUGUCUCUGAGGACAACCUCCACUACCUGUCGCUGACGCCCACGCCCACAAUGCAGCUUGAUCGGAAGAAAGAAAUGCGGCAGUUAUUCGCGUCGUUGCCCACCAGGCAGAACAAGAUCCUAUUUCCCGACCGAGAGGACCAAGGGGAGGAGAGCGUGGUCGAGGAGGACCGAGAGGACAAGGCCCAAGAUGACGAGGACGACCUUGGCAUGAUGGAGGCCGAGGUUCCCUUCUCCAGGCAGUUUAGUCAGGACGAAUUGUAGAGUAAAAUAGCCAAGGGUUUGCGGAAAUCUCAUUCUUGCUUUAUUUUUCCUCUCUCUAUCUUUUAUCUCCUUCCAUUCCGCUUCGUCUCUUUAUGCUAUCUAUCUCGAUCUAUAUAUUGCACUCUAUUGCAUUCCGUUUGAUCUUUUUACUUUUCCUCUUAACUCAUUACCUUUCGCUGUCUCUAUCAUAUUACUUUUCAUCUUUACCUCUUUACCUGCCAUUUCUUCAUUAUCACCUUUUGCCCCUAAAAGGAAAGAAAUAAGGAAAAGCAGUCAUGGAUGAAAGCAUAAAAACUACAUUUACUAAAUACUAAAAUAUAUUUUUUAGCAUGAUAGUUUUCGUGUAUAUAUAAACCGUGUGGUAUAGUUAUAUGUGUUAGUUCUGAGGAUAUGUUCAGAGUUUCUUUUUUCUAUAAAUAUUGUUUCAUAUAGAAGUGUUAGAAUCAGUGUUCAUGUGUCAUACAAUUGAUGUUAAUAAAUGUCUUUGAUUACUU